GUCGACAGGCAAGAGGGAGAGAAGUGUUCUGUGCUCGAAAGAAGCUGAAAUGAGAUUCAUCUACAUCCAUGCCAUUGCCAUUUUGCUAUUGCCAAUGGUAAUCAUGGCAGCUGUCCAUAGAUAUCCAGAUCGAAGUAAUAUAAGAACCCAGCUUUUAGGAAACAUUCCCUGCGACUUCUAUGCUGCACACUGCUCCACGAGAAGACUGUGUCACACUGGCCGGGAGCAUCGACUUUGCAAGGGAUGCUUUGUUGGCUCCGUUUACAUUGAUGUGUAUCAUUUUUGCAAUGGAAAGGGCACGUUUUACGAUCCAGACUUCAAGGAAUGUGUGUCUGAGGCGUACGCCAUACGAACCUGCCCACCUGUCUCCAGCCCAGUGCGUGAUCCGGGACAACCCAGGUACAUCCAGUGUUCAGAUGCCGUUACGCGUCCGAAAGAAGACUGGAUACUGGAUCUAUACUGCACGGAGUAUAACCUUUGCACCGCAGGCAACUUGUACCAGACAACGAAGCAGCUGUGUACAAACUACUACCAGUGUUGGAAGGCAGAGGACGGGUCAUGGUACACACAGCUGAGGAACUGCAUUGACACGGAUAAAAUGUAUAAUUAUGAGACAGAUCGCUGUGAACUUAAACCUAGAACUGGAGAACUGUGUCGCUGAAUGUGAGUUUUGGUAACUAUUAACACACGCACGCGCGCGCGC